AUGUGUGCGUUUCCUAGUAUAGAUUUGUGUUUGAACCAUAUACAAAUUAGCAGUAUUUUAGUCUUGCUUUUUGUGUAAAAAUAAGGUCAAAUGAAAGUGAUCUAAGAGAUUUAAUAAUUUGCCAAGAAUUAUUAGUUAAGUUUAAGAAGUUAACAAAAUGAUAAACAUAAUUGUAUCUAGACUAAAAUUGUGUUGUGCUAUACUUUUAGUAGCAUUGAUAGCAUGCAUUUUGGUUACUGUUAUAUUUUUUUACCCUCGGACUACUCUCCGUUCACUUCCCCUCUCUACUGGUAGCUGUUGUGGGGGUCCCCUGGAAACCCCUUCCCUGAUCUCCACGUGUGACUCACCCUUCAUGGUCUACCUGGAGUCUCUGCUCAUGAGGGAGUGCUCCCUACAGGAUCCCAUGCUCUGUUAUACUCCAGACCUUCAGUCGCAGUAUGUAGACUUCAUAGUAGUUGGCGCUGGUUCAGCAGGCAGCGUAGUCGCAUCAAGACUUAGCGAAGUUCCUGGAUGGAACGUAACUCUGCUAGAGGCGGGAGGUCCGGCGCCUGCGUCCACACAACCUUCCGGGUUCUACUUCAACUACCAACGCUCCCGGAUAGACUGGAACUACCCACUGGAGAGGCAGGACAGAUCUUGUCUAGGCAGACCUGGGGGUCGUUGUCACUAUCCAAGAGGCAAAGUGAUGGGAGGAUCGGCAGCACUUAAUGGCAACAUGUACAUGAGGGGGAAUAAGCAAGACUACGUCGACUUCGAGAACAUGGGGCUGAAGGAGUGGGGUUGGGAUAAAGUGUUACCAUAUUUUAAAAAAUCUGAAAACAACCUAGACUUUGGAAUUAAUUCAAUUUUCCACGGCACUGGAGGACCUUUAACAGUCACCCGCUACCCGGAAGUCCCUUACGUUCAUCGUUACAUAAUGGACGCCGCAGCCCAGCUUGGCUACAACGUGAUGGGAGAUCCCAACGCACACAACCAGACGAUGUUCACAGUCGCCCAGAUGACAUCGAGGAACGGAGAACGUCUGUCGACGGCCAAGGCGUUCUUGUACGACCCUAAAGUGCUUCAUCGACCUAACCUCAACAUCAUAACUGGAGCACAUGUUGUUAAGGUAUUGUUCAACAAGGAAAACAGAGCGAUUGGAGUCCAAUACCAAAGAGAGGGUAUUUCCUACAAUUUGUACGCCAGAAAAGAGGUGAUUCUCAGUGGUGGAGCAAUAGGUUCUCCUCAUUUGCUGCUAUUGUCCGGUGUGGGACCCAGGAGUAACCUUGUAGGAAAUGGUAUUCCAGUGGUUGCUGACAGCCCUAAUGUAGGACGCUACCUACAAAAUCACAUAUCCUUCAGUGUUCCGUUGCUAUUCAAAGGCAUGAAGAACCUGAACCGACUAAACCUCACAGCAACUUCGGAAUAUAUUCUUCAUCGUAAAGGUCCUCUCUCCUCUACGGCUAUGUCUCAGACAACAGGUUUUGUGCAUGUUAAUGAAAGCUCCAAGACUCCGGACUUCCAAGUUUUCUUUGAAGGUCUGAAUGCAAACUGCUCCAAAACUGGAAUCAGCCUUCUAGAUCCUUUUUCCACAUCAACUGUCACCAUGAUGAUUCCAACAUUAUUGAAACCUAAAAGUAGAGGAUUUAUUGAGCUUGCCUCGUCAAACCCUUUUGACUACCCUAAGAUUGUUUCUAAUUACUUUUAUGAAGAUUAUGAUCUCACAAUGCUACUAAAAGGUAUAAGAUUCGUCCAAAAAUUCAUUAAAACAGAAGCAAUGCAGAGACAAAAUGUGGAAGUGUAUUUUGACUACUUUAGUAAAACUGCACAACCCUGCAUGAGACUGGACAAAGAUACAGAUGAUUACUGGAUAUGCCUUAUUAGACAUUUGACCAACCCUGAGAAUCAUCAAGUAUCCACUUGCAAAAUGGGGACAACAGACGACGAUUCAUCAGUGGUGAACGAGAAGCUUGAGGUGAAACAUGUUUCCGGACUUCGCGUCAUAGACGCUUCUGUGUUUCCUAGUGUACCCUCUGGCAACCUGAACGCUCCGACAAUCAUGGUGGCUGAGAAAGGCUCAGAUUUUAUCAAGCAAGCGUGGCUAAACAACAGCUGACAGAACUUUUUGUGUUAACAACAAACUUUUCAGUCAAUAAAUGUAAUAUGUAAACCUACUAACAAUAACAAUGGG